CGAAUAAUCAUCUGUUUCCAUCUGUUCAUUAGCAUCCUCUUAUACUGAAAGCUAGGAAAGCCUCCGUCUUUGAAAUCAACCGCGGAUAAAUUUAAGACUCCAGGGGAGAUUUGGAUGCUUUUUUAGGGUGUGAGAGUUUACCCUGAUGGUAUCAUCUGAAAUAAAAUCUGGGGUUUCAUUGCAAGACCUACAUCCAUCUUCCCCUUAUUUCAAGCAAGGGGCUUCGUUGAGAGUAACUGGAAAGUUACAAGAGUAUUCUGUAGAGACGGCCAUUGCCACAAUUGUUGAUGGAAGUGACAGCUUAAAAAUCAACACCCAACACCUCAGGGAGCUUAGCUUUCGAGUCGAAUCCAUCUACCAGUUCAUCGGCGAGCUGCUUAUUCAACCCGAUAAUGAGGCAGUCUUGCAGGCACGCGGCAUUGAUCUCAAUCUCUAUUAUCAAUCUCUGCAAUUGUUGAGACAAUUUCAGGCUGAUCAUUUGAAGACCAUAUUACCAUCUACACCCAACCCAUCAAACAAUACAAAAUGAAAUCGUAAUGGCAAAAGGGUCAAAGCCAAUAGCCCAAUGAUCACCUCAUAAUUUAAACCAAACGAAUAUAUUUUUAAUUGGGCCCUUAGAUUUUUUUAUGAACUUUUUGGGUAGGCCCAAGUCCUCACCUACCAUUAACGUUUUCGCUGGAAGCCCGUACGUCUUUAUCGGGUGCGCCGACCCACACCUGAUUGUUGGCUCUUACGUGUCAGCUGCUGGUUGGUAAGAAUAUACGGGGUGCUGGACCCACCUUGUUGCUGCUCCUUUGCACCGCCCUCAUCAUGUGCGCUAUCGGUGCGGAGCACUGGAUACGUGGAUUCAAAGUAUCACGUGUAGAAUAGCAGGAGAAAGUGAUAAUCUCGUGUUUCAUGCUCCCACCCAAAAGUCUAUGCACUCGCAAAAUGAAAAUAUCUCUUCUUUUCUCUCUCUUUUCUGGGUUUGCUUCUUCAAUUAAACAUUAUUGUUGUUC